GCCACCGCUCACGCGCACCACUGCGAACGCCGAGAUCCGAGCCGAGACACGGGUGCUGGAUUUCGGGUCUCCUCAGAGCCGUGCUGCGGUCAUCAUGGCUCUCUACCACUAUGUCACGCAGGAGCAACUCUCAGGUUUUGAUAAAUACAAGUACAGCGCAGUGGAUUCAAACCCCCUUUCCAUCUACGUCAUGCACCCUUUCUGGAACUCAGUGGUGAAGGUCUUACCCACAUGGCUUGCCCCAAACCUCAUCACAUUUACAGGGUUCAUGUUCCUGGUACUCACCUUCACCAUGCUAUCCUUCUUUGACUUUGACUUUUAUGCCUCAGGGGAAAGCUACACACAUGUGCCAAGUUGGGUGUGGGUUGCUGCUGGUUUGUUCAACUUUCUAGCCUAUACCCUAGAUGGUGUGGACGGAAAACAGGCACGGAGAACCAACUCCAGCACUCCUCUGGGUGAACUGUUUGACCACGGUCUGGACAGCUGGGCCUGUGUGUUUUUCGUUGCUACAGUGUACUCUGUCUUUGGACGGGGUGAGACGGGGGUCAGCGUGGUGACACUCUAUUAUCUGUUAUGGGUCGUCCUGUUUUCCUUCAUCCUGUCUCACUGGGAGAAGUACAACACUGGAAUUUUGUUCCUGCCCUGGGGCUACGACAUCAGUCAAGUGACUAUCUCCAUUGUGUACAUUAUAACAGCAGUAGUUGGAGUGGAAACGUGGUACAAACCUGUGUUUCUGAACAUUCACUACAGAGAUCUCUUCACUGUUAUGAUUAUCAGUUGUUUAUUUGUUGUAACUCUGCCAAUGAGCCUCUACAAUGUCUUCAAGGCGUAUCGUAACAACACCCUGAAGCACAGUUCACUGUAUGAGGCCUUGUUGCCGUUUUUCUCACCUGUGCUUUUAUUCGUGCUGUCUACACUGUGGAUCAGUUUCUCUCCAACAAACAUUGUCCAGAAGCAGCCCAGGAUCUUUUAUCUCAUGGUGGGAACAGCCUUCUCCAACGUUACAUGCAAGCUCAUUGUGUGCCAGAUGAGUAAUACUCGAUGUAAGCCACUGAGCUUGUUGUUGUUGCCGAUGAGCAUCGUGGUACUGCUAGUGAUUUCUGGGACUGUGCAUGGAGGAGAAUCGCUGGUCUUGUUUAUAUGGACUGCUGUAGUCCUGCUCACUCACAUACACUACGGAGUCUCAGUUGUGAAGCAGUUGAGCGAUCAUUUUAACAUAUUCGCUUUCUCACUAAAAAAGCCCAAUUUGGACUGACAAGACGAGGAGAAAAUUGGCCUGAAGGCUGCUGAGGUCUAAACUGUCCCAGCAUGUCUUUCAGCCAGCCGACUCUCACCAUUCACCAAGUAGACACUGUUAACACCAGGAAACCAAAUUGUACUGACCAAACACGCCUUUUUAAUUCUGAGGAUGCUGCUAAAUCAGCAGGAGGAUGGAGCUGCACCACAGGGCCCACUGAUCCCUGAGGCAGAGCUGCGCCACAGGCCUUACCGAGCCCUAAGGCAGAGCUGCACCACGGGGCCCACUGUGCCCAACAGCAGAGCUGCAUCACAGGACAUCAUGGGCACAAUUACACCAUGGGACUCAAUAGCACAGAAACGCAGGACCCACUGAGCCCAGGACCUACAGUGCCUCGACUUGCAGCUGUGUAACAAGGCUCAUUCCUCCCAGAAAGAGCCGUAUUGUGUUGCUCGCUCCAAGUGGAGACUGUGUGGUUGUCUGGUAUCCGUGAAGCUGGGGAUUGUGCUUGUUUCCUAAGGAAAUGUGCUUUUCAGCUGAGAUACUAGAAGCCUUGAACGGUUAAUCUCAUUUAUACACUCGCUCUCAGAUGAGUCACUCUCACUCCCAAGCCACAUGAUCUACAUACACACACACACACACACAUAGAAUGGGAUGAAUGUCUUCAGCUUCUUCGAUUUUGAUGAUUUUAUUUACAUUUAAUUUUGGCCUCAAUUUAGAUGAGAAACACUUUUUAAGAAGUACUUUCCAGUGUUAUUAAAGCAUAACGAGGCUACGAAUUGUGUUUCUAUAAUGAACAGUGUACGUAAACUGGGAAAACGGUUUAAUUUUCAGUUCAUCUGAUGCUUAUUUAUAUGUAUGAGGAAACAGGGAUGUUAAUUGCUUAUUUAAAACAAUGGUGCUGUCGCUGAUCUCUGUAUAGAAUUGUAGUAAUGACACCUAAAUGACCACAUAAUCAACUAAUAACAUCACACACAUCUCAAAACAUGAGCUCAUCUGACAGAUUGGAAUUUGUAUAACCACUUUAUUUGGGAUUUUGUUUUCUUUUCUUACACUGGUGAUGGUGUGUCUGCGUGCCGAUUUUCUGUUCUGUCUUUUUGUUUGUUGUGUUGCUUCACUAGUUUGCUUUUAUUGAGUUUAUUUGUGCUUAAAUGAAGAGUGCGCUUCAAACCCUGACCAGGAGAGGGUGCACUUGGAGUGAGCGAGUCAAACCUUGCUCCGUUCUUUAAACACGAUAAAAGCACUAGUCUGUGUGCCACCAACAUGUCUGUUAUACAGGUGUCACAACCUGCCAACCUCAUUUCAGUUGUCUUUUUUUUGGGCUUAGAUUAUGGGAAUAGUUUUUUAUUUUAAAUAUAUAUAUACUGAGUUGAAUGUAUGUGUGCGUGCACGCGUGUGUAUUUAUGUGUGU